AUACUUUGUCAUCCAAUUUCAUAGAUUGUCUCCUUACUGUGAUGAAAACUUAUUUUACACAAACAUUUCGAGACAAUACGAAAAAAAGCUAUUAAUAAAUCAAUGUUUGAGGAUGCAGCUGAUAAGAAAGUGGUUAAUUAAAUAAUUUCGCUAUCAGUAAUGAUUGAUAUUGUUUUUAGCUCUCAAUAUUAUAAUUUUUCAGUUAGAUGUAACGAAAUGAACGUUUAUGUCAGUGAAAUUUAACAUGUUUAGAAGUAUGAAACUGAGUUAUGUUAUUUAUUGUGUUGGUCUGUUAGUUUUAAUAGCAGAUGCAAAGUAUCAGCCCAAUUGGGAGAGCUUGGACAGCAGGCCUUUACCAGAUUGGUAUGACAAAGCUAAAAUAGGAAUAUUCAUUCAUUGGGGUGUUUUUUCAGUCCCUAGCCUCACUUCAGAAUGGUUCUGGUUUGAUUGGUUCUAUCCUGACCAUAACCCAAAACUUCAUUCUCAAGUAGUUAAUUACAUGAAUGCAGCUUAUAAACCUGGAUUCUCCUAUCAAGAUUUUGCCAAAGAUUUUACAGCAGAAUUUUUCAAUGCCACUGAGUGGACGGAGAUUAUAGAAAAAUCAGGAGCCAAGUAUGUUGUUCUGACAACAAAACAUCAUGAUGGAUUUGCAUUAUGGCCAUCAAAAUACUCUUAUAGUUGGAAUUCUGUAGACAUUGGACCACAUAGGGACAUAGUAGGCGAACUGGCAAAUGCCAUUAGAAACAGCACGCAUAAAAUUCAUUUUGGUCUUUAUCAUUCUUUAUAUGAAUGGUACAACCCAGUGUAUGUAGCAGAUCGAUCAAGUAAUUUCUCCACUCAAUUGUUUGUCAAUAAUAAACUAUAUCCUGAAAUGGUUGAGUUAAUUGAAACUUAUCGCCCUGAAGUUUUUUGGUCUGACGGUGAAGCAGAAGCUCUCAGCAGUUAUUGGAAAUCAGAAGAAUUCUUAGCAUGGUUGUACAAUGAUAGUCCAGUUUCUGAUGUUGUUGUUGUUAAUGACCGUUGGGGAACAGAAACAGCAUGUAAACAUGGCGGUUUUUAUUCUUGCGCUGACCGCUAUACACCUGGAAGUCUCCAACUACAUAAAUGGGAAAAUGCAAUGACAAUUGAUAAAAACACUUGGGGUUACAGUAGAUUAUCAAAUGUGGAAGAUUAUUUAACUACACAAGAAUUAGUAGAUUCCGUUGUACAAACAGUAGCAUUUGGUGGCAACAUUUUGAUCAAUAUUGGUCCUUCAAAGGAUGGAAAGAUAGCCCCUAUUUUCCAAGAAAGGUUGGUAGAUUUGGGUAAAUGGUUGAAUAUUAAUGGUGAAGCAAUAUAUGAAACUGAACCUUGGAAACUUUGUCAAAAUGACACUACCACGCAUAGUGUAUGGUACACAACUAAGAAAAACUCCUCAGAUAUAUAUGCCAUCAUGCUUCGGUGGCCUAAAGAUGGCUUUUUACAUCUUUCUUGUCCCUCCCUCCACCUAGACAAGGUAUACCUUCUAGAACUGCGAAAUGUUAGAAUUACAUGGACGGUAUCUGAAGGUGUGAUUACUUUAAAACUACCUCAAAAGAGCAUGGUAGAUAUGAAUUGGGGAUGGGCGAUAAAAAUUAGAAAUGGUAAGCAUUCACAUUUUAAUAAGUAAGCAAGAAAAAGAUGCUUUAAGAUUCAAAUAAUUCAAAUUGAACAAUUGAAAUAAUUUUCAAUAUCAAUUGAUUUCUUUGAUUAUUUUAAUUUGAAUAAACAGCUUUUGUAUCACUGCAUCUGAAGUUAAAUAGUG